AUGAAGGUUGAAAUAGAAGUAAUCUCCAAGGAAAUAUUAAUCAAGCCAUGUACUCCUACUCCGAUCGAAUUUCGCCAUUAUAACCUUUCAUAUCUUGAUCAAAUAAUUCCGCCCAUCUUCAUGCCCCUCGUUUAUUUUUACCCAGCGAGUGACCUAUUUUCCAACACAGAGCGUUCAGACAAGAUAAAGUUAUCAUUAUCCGAGGCCUUAGCCAAAUUUUACCCUCUAGCAGGGCGUGUCGUGGACAACCUUUAUGUGGAUUGCAACGACGAGGGUGUUCCCUACGUUGAAGUUGUAGUCAAGUGUAACCUCGCCGAUAUAAUUUCCAAUCCGAUUCCUAAUGAACUCAACAAAUUCAUCCCUUAUGAAUUGGAUGAAGUGAAAGAUGUUGGAUUAGUAGUACAAGUGAAUUUUUUCGAAUGUGGAGGAAUGGCUAUUGGCAUAGGCAUUUCUCAUAAGCUAGCUGACGCUGCGUCAUGUUUCAUGUUUAUCAACACUUGGGCAGCCAUUGCAUGUCGCCAGUGUCAUUUAUCCCCCUUUUUUGACUCUGCAACACUUUUUCCACCUAAGGACGCAUCCCUGGUUAGGGACGUGUGCUUGGAAAUUCAGAGAGAAAACAUCUUGACCAAAAGGUUUGUGUUUUCUAACUCCGAUAUAUCAGCUCUCAGAGAUGAGUACGCCGAUCAAAGGAUGAAAGGUAGUGUAUUCGAGAGAAUUGGGCUACGCCCUUCAAGAAUUCUAGCUUUAUCGGCAUUUUUGUGGAGCCGUUUCAUGGCGACCGUUCAUUCCGAAAGGGACCCGAACAAGAUUUAUGCGGUGACGCAUUCGGUCAAUUUGCGGGGACGAACUGAUCCACCCCUUCCCGAAUCUUUAUUCGGGAACAUUAUGCGGUCCGCAUUUGUGGUCCCAUUUUUCGAUAAAGGUAGUGAAGACGAAGUUUUUGAGUUUAUGAAUCAAAUGAGAGAAUCUAUACAAGAAAUUAAUAAUAAUUUUGUGUCACAACUCAGGAAAAAUGAUCAACAACACUUGAAUUUCCUACAAGAAAGAGCAAAUGAUAAAAGAAAAGGGCACAUGGCAUUACUUUCUUUUACAAGUUUGUGUAAAUUUCCCCUUUAUGAAGCUGAUUUUGGGUGGGGCAAGCCGAUUUGGGUCGGCUCGGCUCGGCUCGCUACGAAGAAUAUUAUUGGAUUUAUGGAUACAAAAUUAGGUGAUGGGGUGGAAGCUUGGGUGAAUCUCGAAGCCGAUGACAUGGCUAAAUUCGAAGCUGAUAAGAAGUUGCUAGCCUUUUGUAAGAACGGGAUAUGA